AUGCUGUUUCUUCUCUGUCAAAGUGAAUGGCGAUGCUGUUAGCGUGUGUGUUAGAGAGAUUGGACGCGAAUUAAAAAUCUCGAAUUUUCGUCGAAGUGAGAAAACGAGAAGAAGAGAAAAUAGAAAUCGUGGAAGUGGCGCGUCUCGCUUGGAUGAUGUUUCGUAUCAUUUUCAAGUGUACGCACGUCCACGUAUUUUCGUCGCGAUUAUCCGGAUAGAGAGAGAGAGAGAGAGAGAGUCGACGAAGAAACGCGCGGAGAUAGGGUGGGCGGCCAUUUCUAUAUAUGCGAUUCUGAUAUUUUUUUAUUCUCCACGGUAUGUCAGAAGGUGAGGCGUUGUCGCAGAAGAAGCAGCAGCAGCAGCAGCAGCAACCGCAGCAGCAGUCGUUUCACCCGCAGCAGCAAUACCAGCAAAUCGGAGGCCCGAUGGCGAAUAUGGCUUGGCAAUAUCCACCGAAUAACAUGCACGGCAUGUUUCCUCCGUAUCCGGGGCAAAUGUACAGCCAAGGAUACGGCCAGGGUGUGCCGCAUCAUGGACAGAUGUUCAACUUUUAUCACACAAUGAUGCCAGGAUAUGGUCAGAGUUUUAAUUCACAGCAGAUGCAGCAGCAACAACAGCAACAACAACAACAGCAGCAGCAACAGGGAAACAAUCAAACAAAACAGGUACAGCAACAACCGCCUAUACCAGGAACUCCCAUGAGUCUCGAUGAGGACUCUGAUCUUCCUCCAUUACCACCUGGUCCACCACCAGCUCAACCAACUCAGCAACAUAAUAAUCACAUACAGCAGCAACAGCAGCAGCAACAACAACAGCCAAUAUCUUAUCCAGGGUUUAUGUACAACUCGUUCCCUUAUGAAUACAACAAUCAGGUCCGUUUUAACAUGCCCAAUAAGAAAACCAAUCUUGGAUACACACAGUCGAGCAAUAGCGGUGCCGCGAAGAAAAAACGUAAGCGGAACAAAAAUUUAGCAGCUCAAUUCAACAAUAGCUUUCAGGGAAACGCCACGACACCCGGUAUUUUUAUGCCCAACGGGACUAACGCAAAGUCGGCGGAACUGCCGCCGCUGCCGCCCGCGAAGUGCGAAGUGGCGGCCCCUCCGCCGUCUAGCAAAGAACCUCCUGUUCCUACUGCGCCCGUUACCGCAACGGUUAAUAACACACUUCCCGGCACCAAAGUUACUCCUUCUGUCGCGACUACCCCGAGUCCGGUCGGGGACUGGCCCGACUGUCUCAAGAAUUACGUGAACCGAUGUUACGAGAAGUGUAAAACGGCAGUAGACAAGGAUCAGGUAGAAAUCAUACUGAAGGGAAAGAUCACACGUGCCGCGAACGACGGCUCGCUCUGGGUGAAGGACUGGGACAAGGAGCCUCUGCCCAGCAUCCACAGCGAACGCAUGACCAUGACGAUCAAGCCUCAGAAACCGGCGUUAAAGUUAAUGAAUCCACUGGCGAGCCCACUAGUCAAUGCACAGGGAGGCCUGCGCAAAUCCGGCCUGUCCAACUCGCUCGGGGCACGGCUUGGCGCGCGUCUCUCUGUGAUGCACAGUAAACGAUCGCGUACAAAAUCGAAAUCAAGAUCUCGAUCGAGGUCAAGAUCAAGAUCCAAGUCAAGAUCGCGAUCCCGCUCGCACUCGCGGUCGCGAUCGCGAUCGCGCUCCAAGUCGAAAUCGAGAUCGAGAUCGACACGUUCGCGUACGCGUAGCCCGCCGUCGCGCAGGUACAACCGACGCAGCACGUCCUCGUCGUCGAACAUUAGCGAUCGGGAGCAUGAUUACAAGGCGUUGAAAACGAAAAAGUCCGCGCGCAAUAAGGCGAAUCACGGAAACAAGAAGAACAAGAAGAAUAAGCAGGCUAAGUCACAUUUCUAUUCCGAGUUUGGUUUAGCUACAGGCAAUGCAGACGAGUUAGGCACCAAGGAGAAGUUGCAGCAACGUGCCGCCAGAUUCAGUGACGGCGGCAUUUCCAGGACAGUGGUCAGCAGCGUUAUUAGGGAUGAACCAAACGGGGACUUUGACUUUACUGGACUUCACAUCGUCGGUACAUGCAAGGAUUUAGAGAAGCCCUAUUUGCGUCUCACAUCGGCACCCGCGCCUUCUGCAGUAAGACCGGUAAGUGUACUUCAAAAUUCUUUGGCCCACGUCAAGAAGCGUUGGCAAACUGACCAGGACUACAGAUACGUUUGCGAUCAAUUGAAAUCUAUCCGACAAGAUCUUACCGUACAAGGUGUUAGGGAUGCUUUCACCGUUCAUGUAUAUGAAACCCACGCGCGUAUAGCUUUAGAACGCGGCGACAAUGAGGAGUUUAAUCAGUGUCAGACGCAGCUCAAGAUGUUGUAUCAGGAUCUGGGUGGCGAAAAUCGAUGCGAAUUCGUCGCGUAUAGAAUACUCUAUUACAUCUUUACGAAGAAUACUCAAGAUUUAACUACAAUUUUAGCGGCACUUUCGCUUGAAGACAAGAACGACGAGUGUAUACAACAUGCUUUGAAAGUACGCUCGGCGUGGUGGCUCGGCAACUUUCAUGCUUUUUUCAAGUUAUAUAGAACAGCGCCAAGGAUGUCGGCCUUUUUGAUGGAUUUGUUUGUUGCACGAGAGCGAAAGAAAGCUUUGAAAUUUAUGAUCAAGUCCUACCGGCAAAAUUUGGCGGUUCAUUUCGUCGUAGCGGAAUUGGCCUUUGAAUCUUUGGACAAGUUUUAUGAAUUUGUCAGCGAGUUCGGUUUGGUUUACGCUGAUCUCGCUCGACAACAAAUCGACUGCAAGGCAAGCAGUGCUAAUCUAGGUGCUUGGUAGAAGGCACCGUCGUUCUGCUCUCCCACUUUUAUUCCUCGUGAUGGAAGAUAAACGCGAUAUAUAUAUAUUAUAUAUAUAUAUAUGUAUGAUAUAUGCGAGAGAGAGAGAGAGAGAGAGAGAGAAAAAAAACAAAGGCCCCGUACAUACACACACACGUACGAGCAUAAUAAGUCUCGCGUGUACAUCUCGCAAUGUGUAUAUGUAUGUUUCCGAUUUACGCGAACGAUACAUAAUGCAUAUGCAUAUAUAUGUAUACAUAUAUGCAUAUACAUGCAUGAAAAAAAAUAUUCAUUCCACUGGUAUACGCGGCGUAUCCUCUGUAAAUUUUCUUCAUUCUCGGAAACCUCACACACGUGUGCCGACAUUUUUUGCAAAACAAAAACGCUAUUUAAAAAUAAUCAUCAUCGUUCCACUGCGGUGCCACAAUUUCAUAUCGCCGUCGAAAAAAAUUAACAAAGUACGACGCUCGGAAGGUUUGGAGCUCCGACUACGGAUUUGUACAUAUAUCAUCUCUCUCGCGUGUGAUUUUUUCCCACGCAAACUUGUAUAUAAUUUCAAGAGGAUGUACAUAUAUGAACUUCUCUCAUCAGGGGGGCCCAUGGAAAUUGUACAAAAAAAAAAAAAAAAAAAAAAGCUAAAUUUUUACACAGACC